UAUUGAGCGUCUUGAGCUUGAACCGCUACCACCAUAGCCUCAGUCCUUCUCUGCUCUCUCAGGCUCAUACGAUUCCUUUAACUGAGAGGUAUAGCCUCAGUGUCCUGUAUAUAGUACUAUCUUCGGUCUAUCUCAAACUCACUGCGAGCGAGCUUGCUGGCAGGACAAUCACACACCCGACUGACAGGGUAUAUCUCGCAGACAGCUUUUCCCCCAGAAGACUUGUACGUCUCUAGGAGUCUCCUUUGAAGGAUCCCCACAAUGCCGGCCAAGUAUUCCCAUGCAAAGAAACGACCUCCAGGGUCAUCCAAAAAGGGCAAUGGCAUCUCUAGCAAUAUGCAUAUCCACCCGAAAGACCACCGUACACCCAAUCUACACGUCGACAGAAGUAUCUCGCAGGCUAUGUCAGCCGUGUCCCAACUGGAGCGUACUAUAGCCAACAUACUCCUUACUCGCUUCGAGCAAGACAUCGCUCGUCUAUUCUCGACACACCUCUAUUGUGUUGCUUUGCUCCAUCUGCCAACAUUCGUGAUGAGGUGCAUCACUGUUGGAGGACCUGGAUGGGUCGCUGCUAAUGCGGAUUGCGACGAGAUCAAAGACUUCUUCCGAGCUACGAUCGGAAUGGACUUGAGACAGGCUGGUGAGCGUGUCGCGACAAAGAGUGUACUAUGGUCGUAUACUGCCCUCAGGCAUUUCGCCCUCUCCAACAAUGUUCCAAUCUGUCGUAAACGGGGACUCCAUUCAUUGAGGCUUCUGCCUCAUCACGAAGCGCUUCAAGCUCACCUCGACUCCCUUCACGCAAUGCCUUCCCCAGCAUUUGCGAAACCGCCUCACCUGGGACCUUUAAGCGAUGGCGUACGCGCCCUCGAGGAUGCAUGUGAAUCAAAAUAUUCCAAGACGAGCGUCCAUGGAGAUUGGGAUCCAGAAUGGCGACAGAAGAUUCGAGUAGGAUAUGAACGUGUCUCUCAGACGCUCUGGCGCGUUGCUCGAGAGUUCGACGUGCGAGGCUAUGGGCAAGUCUUGAGAGAGAAAUUGACUACCAAAUGGUGUGAGUGUGGAUGUUCCACAGAUCAUUUGAGCGAGGUAUGUGAGAAGACCGUAAGGGAAGACGAAGAAGAAAGUGGCGUGCGCCCCGGAAAACAAAGAGAAUGGGAUGGUCGAGGCAGCGGUGUUUAUGGUUGGGAGACAGAAGAAGAGGAAGAUAUUUGGGAUAUCGACCUAGAUUUCGUUGGUGUCGAUCCCGAAGAAUGUGCAGAUCGUGCACACGGACAUGUGCCAGAACUUGACAUGACCAUAGGACAACUUAUGGAAUAUCGGUACUUCCAAGCUGAGCGGGAAAAGGAACAGGGUAAUGAUGCUUUCAAGAUCGGUGAUUUUGAACAUGCUAUCGAACGCUACAAGAUGGCGAACACGAUCGAGCCAGAAAUGCCUCAUUACCAGCUGAACAUGGCCGCGGCAUACUUGAAGCUGCAUAAGUGGAUCGAAGCAGAGCAGGCUUGUGAUGCGGCCCUAGGACAACAUAAAAGCGUCAAAGGUCACUGGCGAAGAGCACAGGCACGAAAAGCUCAGGGUCGGAUAGAUGACGCUAUCAAAGGUAACUUCGCUGUUUAUUACGAAUCUACAAAUGAGGCGAGCUCCUCCAUUUCAGAUAUACGAGCUGUCCUGAGACUGCACCCUUCCAAUAAAGAAGCACAAGCAGAACUAGCCGCACUAGUACCUCCAGAUACUGGACCAGCCUCAGCUGGGUCAACCAGAGUAUCGCAAAAACCUCCUUCACCGUCACCAUCAUCAUCCAAAGCGGCCUCUUCGUCAAAUCCCGCUGCGUCUUCGUCAUCUUCGACUGCGCCGCCACCUUCCAGCACAAGCUCGAAGACUAUCCCGCACAGACCUGGAAGACUGAAACAGAAGGCUUCACCAUUUCCCAGGACAGAAGCUGAUGAUCGAAAGCUGAAGAUAUCAUGUCUACCUCUGACAGUUGAUAUACCAGCUAUGUGUGAUCUUCUGGCUUAUGCGAAUUCACGGCCCAAGUCUGGGAAGGAAAAUAAGGGGAAGAAGACGCAGUCGUCUACAUUUACUGCCCCGAACGGUGUGCAGACCACGACUGAGACCUUUUCAUACCCAAGCUGGGAUCGAUACGUCGUGAAGAGAGUAUCAUCAUAACGAGGCCAGGAUUGUGGGUAUAUUCGGGACGUAAAAAUAUCAUGCCGUUACCGUUCUCGCAUGCGUAUUGGGUUUAUUCAUCGUUUUUCCUUUCUUGACUGCAUUAUGUUUCAGAUUCAGAUUGUAUUUAUAUUCCAUGGUCGAGCGUCGUAGUAUGGCCUGCUAUCUGACAUGUGAAUCCCAUGUUACAUCCGUACACAAUCGUAUGGCAUGACUAUCAUCCUACGAUUCAUCUUUUACGUCGUCGCUUUCAGAAAUGUCGUCUUCAUGAGAAUGUUCUGACAAAUGCACAUCAUCUCCAGUUAGAACAAUUGGCGGUAGGUGUCUUUGAUGAGACU